AUUUAGUUGCUCUGAACACACGAACACCAACGGAACUGCUACUUCAAUGGAGUACAAAGUAACGAUUGAUAAGUUGGAAUGGAAUCAAGAUAUGAAUUACGCUCUUGGGUUGUCGAAGCUAUGGUGCAGAAUGCUAGGUGUCUGGCCAUGGCAGCCAGAUGGAAUGUCUACUCUGCGGUUCGCAAUGUUACUUGGAAUUGAGGUUAUCGCAGUCGUAGUGCUACUAGAAGGGAUCCUUAUCCACGGAAACUGUGGAUCAACGGCACAUUUAAUUGACGGAUUAUCAGGAGCCCUCGUAUUCGGCGUCUCAGCGAUCAAAAUAACAACUUCCCGGAUUUAACAAAAACGAAUGGGCCACAUCAUCCAGUCGGAAAUGGAAGAUUGGUCAAAUGUCUCUGACUCCCGGUCCCAUCGAAUUAUGACCCAAUACGCCUUUUGGGGGCGUUUAGCUUACACCGUUCAAAUUACUGCAGCACUACUAAUUACGAUUCAAACAACAAUAUCUCAGCCCCCUACUUUCACUACUGAAAUUAUUGGGAAUAAUAGUUCAUCACCGCGGAACAUCAUGAUGGGACCGUCCUGCUGGAUCCCUGAUACCACACCCAUCAGUCUGUACUUGUUACAUUAUUUCUUGAUCUUUCUCAGCUUUCCCACCGCCGCUAUAAUAUACCCAGGAUCUGAUGCAUUCAUGUUCAGCACUGCAUUGCAUCUUUGUGGUCAAUUUGAAAUCCUCACUCAAAGUCUUGAAAGCGUCACCGAUAAUGACAGCUAUUUGAAUCAAAAACGCUGUAUCAAAAAAUAUUCAAAACGUCAUAAUGAGUUACUAAUGCUGGGGAAGGAGCUGAACGAACUAUUCAGUUUAAUUAUUUUCUCCGAGCUCUUCUGCAAUGGCGUCCUCAUUUGCCUCUCAGGAAUUGCACUUUUCGCGAGAAUUAAGAGUGGAAAAGUGGAUAAUGAUGAUAUUAAUUAUGGAUUAAGAAUAUAUAUUUGGUAUUGUGAGCUGUUUAUGUACAGUUUUGUCGGUGAAAAACUUGCGAGUCACGCUGAAAACCUACACAGGACAAUAUACACUUGUCCCUGGUAUAAUAUGUCAGUGGAUAUAGCUAAGGAUGUCAAGUUCAUUAUGAUGCGGAAUAAUUUCUUCUGUUAUUUAACAGCCGGUGGAGUUUUCGUUAUGAAUCAUGAGGCUUUCAAGAAAAUUAGUAAAAUCAUGUUUUCGUGCUUUUCCGUUCUCAAAUUAGUAUUGGAUUGAAAUCGAUAGAGCGCUGAAUCCUCUUAAUAAACAGAGUUUCAAGUUUAUAUAUUAUCUGGAAUUGCAGAUGAUUCGUUAAACAUGAAUGAGGAAUUCACAUCAGCGAAAUGGAAUAUCGAAGAGGGAUCGACUGGAUAAUUUGUCGUCUUACUUUCAGUGUUAUUAAUAUUUUUCUGUCUCUACCAAUGGUAUUGACAAUAAGCUAUUCUCGUAGGGAAAAGGAUUAUUCGAUUUGUUGACAAUACUGACGCAUCUAGUUAUCUCUGUCCCGGCGAUCACGUUCUACUGAAUAUUUCAUUAUAUAAAAUAUAGGAACCAAAUUUAUUGUGACGAAAAAUCAUUGUCUUU